AGGGCCAGAGAGAGAGAGAGAGAGGAACCUGUUUCUGUGAUUUGGACUCGCCCCUUCAGGAAUAGAAGAGACAAAAACACACAAAGAGCAGGAUGGUUGGAUCUGACUUUUACUGCCGGGGGCUGAUGAUCAGGUGUGACCUUUGACCCCUCACCUUCAGAGUAACCUGCCCAUCUUCCUGAAGGGGGCGGGGCCUAAGAAGCCCAGCGCCGUCACCAUGGCAAUGACCUCCUCCCAGCUCGGCAGAGGUCUGGGUCUGGUUCUGGUGGAGUUUCCGUAUGAGUACCAGGGUAGAGACGGGGUGCUGGUCUCCAUCAAACCCAACGAGCGCUACGUCCUGCUGGCUAAGACCAAUGACCACUGGUGGCAGGUCUGCAGUGACCACGGUUCUAAGCCCUUCUACAUCCCUGCUGAGUAUGUGAAGGAGCUGCCGCCGGACUUCCCCUCCCCUCUGGACUUUGCCAAUCCACCCAAUCCUGAACCGGUGCUUCCGCUUCCUGUGGCUGCACCGGUCCCAGUCCCCGUCCCUGUUCCAAAGAGUCUGGAGGAACCAAGCCCAGGACCAAAAACCAAACCGGGGGACGAGGUGACGAUCCGGCUCAGACCUGAUGCUUCAACCACAUACCGCAAGACUGAGAACCGCAUGUCCACGUUUGGUGUCCCACUGGACUUCCAUGACCUGUCUCUGGUCGUGCCAGCCCCACGUCACCCCAGCAAACCUCCUGUUGGUCCCGCAGAGACGGGGACCACAACCACCAGUGGGACUACAAAUGUGACCAAUGAUGCUCUGAACAAAAAUCACCUUCCAGGUUUCCUGGAUGACGACAAGGACUCUGGGAAGCAUCGAGUCCCAAGUUUCAGUCCAGCAGACCCCCUCUCUACAUCCCGGCCCCAAACCCAGCCCAUCCCUGUGGAAACGCCGGUGGUCCCUGUGGUCCCUGUGGUCCCCCCCAAUAAUGACAGCACGCCCUCACCAUCUGCAGGUCACCACGACGACCAGGAGUCCCCGAUAGAGCCAGAGGAGGAGGAGGAGGAGGAGGAGGAGGAGGUGAGCAUGCAGGAGAGCACCGGCGAGGAGGAUUCACUAAAGGAGGAAGAUUCAAACCACAUCUAUGAGUCCAUCCAGGACCUGAACCUGGACAUAGAGACUCUGAUUGGAGGAAGAGUGAGUCCUGGAGCUCCGCCUGAAACUGCACCUGCCCUGCCGCCCACACAGGAGCACAGCUCUCCCGACCCUAAAUCUCUCAUCUACGCCAACGUCUCUAGUCUGAAGAAAACUGUCCCUCAGAUCUCUGUCCCUGGCCCCACCCUCCCCUCAUCACCUCCUCCUGACCACACCCCCUCUGUUCCAGACCACACCCCUUCGUCUUCAGCCUCCUCCUCCUCUGAGAUGAUAAGCCCCACUUCCCCACUCAGCCCACAGGACGGAUGGCAGGUGCACACUGACCAGGAGAGCGGGAAGGUCUUUUAUUUCCAUCCGGUCACCAGACAGACAAGCUGGUCCAACCCCCGUGGCCCUCCACCCCCACCCGCUCGAGACAUGGACCAGUCCAAGGGGAGCGAGGGGGGACAGUUGACCUCGCCCUCCCCUCUACUCUCCCCCGCCUCCUCUCAGGGUUUGUGUGGUUGGGAGCAGCUGGUGGACGAAGUCUCAGGGAGAUUUUACUACUACAACCCUGCCUCUGGGGCCACGUCAUGGGCCGCACCAGAGCCACUGUCCCCCUCCUCACCCUGCUCCCCUCCGGGAUCCAGAGCCAACAGGAGGCAGGAUGACGGCCCGCCUCCGCUGCCAGAGGAGGAUUAUCCUGUAGACGCACAAAAUGACAACGACGCUGUCUUCACAACGAACCCUCAGAAGCAGCACGUGAUUCCCAGAGCUCAGCUGGACCCAAAAGAUGGAAACAGCUCCCAGUGGAGGCAGCAGGAGCUUCCACCUUUGCCCCAACGGAUGAUAGGAAAUGGAGUUUCUGAGGAUGGAACAACUGUGCAGGUCAGGAACUGGAGACACAGUGUGGCUGAAGACACAUUUGCUCCUAGCCACAGGAGGAUCGUCUCAGACUUCACUGAGGUCAACAGAAGACAGUCUCCCGACAGCCCACAGCUUUCUGAUAGGCACAGGCUGAAGAGGAAUCUAUCCAAUCGGAGCACAGGCUCCCACCAACUAAAUUGCCAUCUCCUGGAGAAAGCAGGAAUCAUCAACAAGACCAAAGUAGCCGAUAACGGCAAAAAGAUCAGGAAGAACUGGAGUCAGUCCUGGACCGUCCUCCACGGAGGGAUCCUCACCUUCCACAAAGAUCCCAAAUCUGCUCCCAGUGGGAACGCUAGUAAGUCGUCACAGAUUGUUCCAGAGUACACUGUCGAGCUGAGAGGAGCCUCAGUGGCCUGGGCCUCCAAGGACAAGUCAUCCAAGAAGAACGUUCUUGAGCUGAAGACUCGUCAGGGCUGCGAGUAUCUGAUGCAGUACGACACCGAGAGCAUCAUCACCGAUUGGUUCAAAGUGAUGCAUGACACCAUCAGACAGCUGGAACAGGAUCACCUGUCGGAGGACGAGGACGAAGCUGCUUCAGACAAAGAGGACAAAGACAGGAAGAGGACAUCGACCAGGAGUUUAUCAGGAACAGCCGAGUCUGAGCAGAGACGAGUUCGGACCAAACUGCGACGUUUCCUCCAGCGGAGGCCGACGCUGCAGAGCGUUAAAGAGAAAGGUUACAUCAGAGACAACGUGUUCGGCUGUCACCUGGACACACUCUGUCACAGAGAAAACACCACCAUUCCCAAAUUUUUGGAGAAGUGUAUCAGAACGGUGGAGAGGAGAGGUCUGGAUGUGGACGGGAUCUACAGAGUAAGCGGAAACCUGGCUGUGAUCCAGAAACUACGACACAAAGCUGAUCACGGUAACAAACCAACGCUGUCAUUGUAUGCAGACGAUGUCCUGCGUUACGUGGUUGAUGUAAUCACACUGUGUUCAGUCCAGAGAGAAGCUGCAGCAGAAGGUUGUUCUUCUUAUCUUCAUAAUAUCUCUGUUGUCCUUGCAGAGGAGCAGCUGGACCUGGAGGACGGACAGUGGGAGGAGAUCCAUGUGAUCACCGGAGCCCUAAAGCUUUUCCUGAGGGAGCUUCCAGAGCCGCUUUUCCCCUUCAGCUGCUUCGACAAAUUCAUUGCUGCCAUCCAAGUCCCAGACUACAGCCUGAGAGUCUCCUACAUGAGGGACCUGGUUCGCUCUCUGCCUCUGCCGAACCAUGACACUAUGGAGCUGCUGUUCAAACACCUGCGGAGAGUGGUUGAGCAUAAGGACUCCAACAGGAUGUCGGUUCAGAGCGUCGCCAUUGUGUUUGGCCCCACGUUACUCCGCCCCCAGACCGAGUCUGCCAAUAUGACGAUCCACAUGGUGUUCCAGAGCCAGAUAGUGGAGCUCAUGCUCAACGAAUUCCAGACUGUCUUCUCCCAGAGGUAGAGGGAACCUCCUGGAAGACCUCCAAACUUCACAAGACCUGCCAAAUAUCUUCAGAGAACCUUCUCGAACUUUGGAGCUAAACAUCACCUUUGACUGAACUGCCAGCUAUGAUGCCCCUUUUUUAACCACUGUGCCUUAAACGACCCAAAUAGAACUUGAGUGGAACCACCUAGAACCCUGGACUCUUCUUUCAAAGCAACAGACCAAAUGGAACAUAUUUCCUUUGCACCUUAAAAACCACAAAGACUUCUCACUUUAAGCAAGAUCUCUUCCAACAAAUUCCAGGUCCUCCGAGAACAUUGUAGAUCUCUGGAACCAAACAUCGUCAUUUCAUGGAGGAUUGCAGCAGGAAAUGAUCAUGCUAGAACCUGAGUGAAACUGUCUUGAACCCUGGACUGGUUUUUAAACCUUUAACUUGAUGUUACCAAUGCAAAGGAUCAGCAGAAAAACUUGUUCCAGAGCUUUGUAGAUCUCAGGAGCCAAACCAAUCCUCCUCUGUGUUGUAACUGAUUCAGGUAGAACUUAGGUGGAACUAUAUAGGACCCUGGACUUCACUGCUCUUUAAAGGUAACAAAACUUUAAUCAGCCCUUAAAACUCACAUAUUUCUCACUUUGAAACAAACUGCUCCAGAUUUGUCUGAAACCUCCAAAAACUCUGGACCCAAACAUCAUCUGCUGCUUUUUUAAAAUUGUGUGGAUACUAAAAUUGGAUGUUGGACCUGAAAUCUGUUGAGGACACAAUGCUCUCACUACGAGACCACCUAACUUUAAACAAUACUGAUAAAAUAAAAACCUGAUUUAAAUAAAACCUUCACUAGCGCCAUCACUCUGCCGUCAAGGCAACAGACCAAACAAAAUACACCUAUUUGACACCUCAAUAAAACCCAAAACCAAUACUUAUUUUGGGGAACAACUAUCCACACAGGUUCUAGAUCCUUUAGGAACCUUGUAGAAACUCCUUUCUUUGGACUCCUGUGGAUAUUGGAGUUCACUUCAUAAUACUUUUGUCUCACCACCAGACCACCUACCCUUAAAUAACCGAAGUGGAACCUAAGUGGAACCACAUAAAACCCAGGACUGGGUUGAACCAGCUGUGUGUGAGUUCUCUCUUUAGUCAGGGUGUAAAGUCAUCUCUGGAUGAUCAAUAACUAGUUAGUUUGUAAAUAAAUCAGCUCUGAAAUCAGUUGCACCACGAUUACUUGGAGCAUAACUGAACUAGUUUGGACAUAAAAUCAUAACUAAGGCACACGACCAAUCAACGAUCAAAGAAAUUCUUUCAUCACCAUGGUUACUGUGCACAUUAGCUCACAUGAGCCACUAAGCAUUGUAACACAUUGUAGUUAGCUAGAUCAAUAUUGAAAUAUCAUAUCAUUAAUUUAGGUCUGUACUUGAUUACUGUGUCUCAAAAUGGAAGACUGCAGUUUCACCAUCAGUGAGUUUAACUCUGAUAUUUUAUGAUUUACACUGCCUCAGAGGAUGUGUAACUAUUUAGUUGUUACUCAGAGUGAAGUUGCAACUUCUCUCUUUUUACUUUUGAAUUGCAUAAAUCACAACUUAAUAAUAGAUUAUAAUAAUACAUUAUAACGAGGCUGAGUUUGAACUUACACACAGCUGCUGCUACAGACUGCUUGGAUCUAGAGAAAUGAAAAGCUGGAAUAAUGCAACAUACCAACAAUUUCAUGUGCCUUCUAGGAACCUCAACAAAAUAAAAUUUUUACUACCUUAAAAGACCUCCAUGACCCGUCGAUCUCCAGUGCUUUUCUGUUCUUAUAGAUAUAAUUGUUACAGAUGUUACGGUGUUUAAAGGUCUCCCUCCUCAAAGAAUACAUCAAACCAAAAAGGAUUUAUACACUUCAUGUGGAAAUUUUAUGACACUUAUGCCACUAACAUUGAUCAACUGAACACCAGUGUUCACAUUCAGAUAAAAAGUCAAGAGAGGAAAGAACAGCUCAGCAGCUUUAGGUUUCCCAAACAAACUGAACAAACAAAAAGUGUAAUCUCUCAUUGGAUUCUUCUUUUCUUUUAUUGUCAUAUUGUUUAAUUAGUUGAUUAGUAUAGGACAGAAAAGAUUUGAUUCUGAAGUCUUACCUGCUGACUCCAGUGUUUAAUCUCACAGUGUCAACCAGACUAGUUUGUAUCACAAAUAUCUGCAUGUUGUUCACAGACUGGAGUAUCAGUAAGUGAGUAAGAGCUGAUGUGUUCCCCGUAUCGAUCAAUACAGAAACCAGAUUUGCACAGAAAACAAAUUUUCUAAAUCAGUGUAUGUUGAUACCAAAUAUAUGUUUUACUAAUCAGCCCCUCCAAGAUUUUGUUUUUGGGAUCAUUGCAACUUCAAAUUCUUGUUUUUACAGAAGCUUUUCUAAAUCAAUUGCGAUGCACAUUCUGAUGUUUUAGCAUUUUUUUUGGAACUACAUUGCAAGAGAAAGUUAAAAUUGCAAAAGUGGUUGUGAUUUUUUAAAAUAGAUAAUUUAUUAAAAAACAAAAGCAACUUAUUCCAGUGAGAAUAAAAUAUCCAAUAGUUUGAUGUAUGGCUCAGUGAUGGGAGUGGGGAUCUGCUGUGAUAGGUGAAAAUUGCGGAAAAGUUGCAAUGAUGCACAGAAUUCACAGGGAUUAAUUGAACUUGUGUUGUGCUCACCACAUUGGAACUUCCUGGAGGGACUGACUAACAUUUGAAAUGAACAAGACCAUCAUCGUAUUCAACACUGGAUCUUACAGUUUCGAGCAAUUGAGCCAAGUUCUGUUCUAGACUCAAAUGAGUAAUGAUCAAAUUUCUUCCAGUGUUUAUGCUAAGCUAGGCUAAACACAUCCUGGAUCUAUCUAUUCAUAAACAUCUGAGUCUGGAGAAAAAUCAGUCAAAUAAAUAAUAAUAAUAAAAAUUCUAAUAGGAAGUUCAGAGGACCCAGGAGGCUUCCCCGAGGAACUCCACAAGUUAUUGAGGACAAUGAGGAUAUACACAAAUGUUUGUGGGUUUUUUACGGGAUGAACUUUACAGGGACAUUUUUACUGUUUGUGUCCUGCUGUAACGAUAAAUUCUAGAAAUGAUCAACUGUACAAUGCUGUAUGUUUUUAUAGUAUUGAGUUUAUAUGUAUAACAGAUAUAGAACAAAGUUAACACGGAAAGUUAACAUGGAAAAUUAACAGAUUAAACUCUGUACAUAAGAGGUUAUUUUACUGACAUUCAAUAAAAAUAAAACUGUCUCUGUA